UAAAAGCCCAAACCCUAACCUCUGUCUUCCGCCGCAGCAAGGGCUCAAGACAGAGAGAGAAGAUGACGACUCGGUUGAGGAAGAACCGGAAGAAGAGGGGUCACGUGAGCGCCGGACACGGCCGCAUAGGGAAGCACCGGAAGCACCCCGGAGGGCGGGGAAACGCCGGAGGCAUGCACCACCACCGCAUCCUCUUCGACAAGUACCACCCCGGCUACUUCGGAAAGGUUGGCAUGCGCUACUUCCACAAGCUCCGCAACAAGUUCCACUGCCCCAUCCUCAACAUCGACAAGCUCUGGUCCCUCGUUCCCCAACACGUCAAGGACAGCGCCUCCACCGACGGCAGCAAAACGCCCUUGAUCGACGUCACCCAGUUCGGCUACUUUAAGGUUUUGGGGAAAGGCCUUUUGCCUCACAACCAGCCCCUCGUUGUCAAGGCCAAGCUCGUUUCCAAGAUCGCCGAGAAGAAGAUCAAGGAGGCUGGUGGCGCCGUUCUCCUCACCGCUUGAUUCAGAUGGUAUUAUUUUAAUCAAUUUAGGGUUUUUUUUUUCUCGAUGGACCUUUCACAUUGUUGUUUAGUCUCCUAUUUUUGAGGGUUUAAGCUUAUUGUUUUAGUUUUAGUGUUUCAGACACGUGCUUACUAAUGGUAUUAUUGUCAAAUUGCGAAUCAGAUAGAAUAUUAAAAUCGACUUUGGCUUCGGUUUGUUCGACCUGUGUCAUUUAAAAUGAGAUUUUGGGCUUGUUCCUUCGAUUGGGUAAUGGUUUUAAUUUCAAUUUCUCUCUCAAAUGUCUUGUGCGGACCAUUAUCAAAUGUAUCUAAUCAAAUUUGAAGUUAUUAGCUUCUUUCGUUGUAAUGCAAGUUUUACUUUUUAUAUGAGGUGAAAUAGGGUGGUAUUG